GCGCUCGCUCGCGAGCAGUGGAGCCAGUCGUGAGCUUCGUGCCGUGGUUGCUGGGGCGAUGCGCCUGGCGCAUCGACCGACGUGCGCGACUGCAGCAGCAGCAGUAGUAGUAAAAGCAGCAGCAACGAGUGGUGUAUUGCGCGUCGCACCCGUAUCGCGCCCGUUGUCCGUCGUCAUCGCCGUCGUCGUUGGUGCCGGACUCACUGGAACGACGACGCUCGCACGUGAGCACGUCGCCGCGGCCGCGAGAUGAGAGACGUGUGACCAAGGAGAACCCGAUCGCCAGCCGAGGCAUGGCCAGCAGCACGGAGGACUACGGUUCCGAGUUGCAGGAGUGGGGCGGCGGUCCCAUCGGCGGGACGCACGUCAUGCGUAGCGCCGGCGGUGGUCUUCACCACCUGCGUAGCAGCACCUGCUACGAGGCCGAGGACCUCGGCACCACUCGGCAUCAUGGAAAUCAGCCCCGCGGCUACUACAGCCCGCCCGGCACCAGCUACACCAUCGUCGAGAGGCCGCCCAGCGCGCCCCAUCAUCACUCCUCGCACGCGACUCCCUACAGAUCGCACCGGGGUCACGGAACAACCGGCGGCACCGGUGCUAUCUCCCCGGAACAAGUGCUCAGGCUGUUCGGCAACAGUGUCGCGGAGCGACGUCAGACCGAUCGCAGAUCGCCGGCAUCGAGUCCGGCGAGUGUGACGACGGUACGCGGCACGCCGACUGCGUCCGGCGGUUCGCAGCAGCAACAGCAGCAGCAGCAGCAACAGCAAUCGCAGCAGUCGCAGCAGCAGCAGCAGCAGCAACAGCAGCAAGGAACCGGGAACGCUGGGAACCCGCCCACGUCGCCGAUCUCGCAGCCGCUCAGCCUUCAGGAGCUCACCGUAAGGACAAUCACCAUGACGAGAGAUCCGCCGGACUCUCACCAUGGCUUUGGCAUCUGCGUGAAGGGUGGCAAGGACGCAGGUGAGAUCCGCAAUACCUUCAGGCUACCCCCGUCGCCGUACUUCGUGCCUCGAGAACGAGAAGCGCAGUCAGGAGUUGGCGUCUACAUCUCGAGGGUGGAGGAGGGUUCGGUCGCCGAACGCGCUGGACUCAGGCCAGGAGACACCAUCCUGGAGGUGAACGGCACACCCUUUCGCGCGGUCACCCACGAGGAAGCUCUCAAAAUGCUGAAGUCCUGCAGAACCCUGAGCAUGACGGUGCGAGGACCCGCCUUGGACCCCCGCUGCCGGGGCGGUCACCCCGUAUGGUCGUCGUCGGGCCGUCAGCAGUCCUGCAGCUGGAUGGAUCGCCAAGGUCGUCCAGCGUCUCCGCCGCCCCUUAAUCCGCCCCGCGAUUCCCGCUACGGACCGAGGACGCGGAAGGUUGAGCUGUGCAUCGAACCCGGCCAAUCUCUAGGCCUGAUGAUCCGUGGCGGCCUCGAAUACGGCCUCGGAAUCUACGUGACGGGCGUCGACAAGGACAGCGUCGCCGACCGCGCCGGACUCCUCGUGGGCGAUCAGAUCAUCGAAGUGAACGGGCAGAGCUUCGAGGAGGCAACGCACGAUGAGGCUGUUCAGAUACUGAAGACCAACAAGAGGAUGAGCCUGCUGAUACGCGACGUUGGCAAAGUGCCCCAUUCGUGUACCACCAGCCAGCCUAUAGUGAUCCCGAAUAGAUAUCCGGAGCAUGAUCCCUUACUUCUGGAAAGUCCCGGAAAUCAUCGUCCACCCAGCCCCACGAGCAGCACAAAUGAGUGGAGGCACCGGGGUGGCAUUCACACCAUUUCGGCGGCCACCGCUGCCAUGGUGGAGGAGAAGGCGCGGGUCGUCCUCGCCAGGAGCGAACGUGCCGCGCUCUCUCAGCUCCUGGCGGAUUACAGGACGAGAAGGCUAACGAUAGAGGACCUGAUCGUCAGUCUGAGCGACCUGCUCAACACCCACGAGAAACUGACGCUGCUGACGGAGCUCAGGGAGUUGGUUGACAACAAGGACAGAGCGGCCUUCGACGAUCUCGUUUACCGACCCAGAAUAGCAAUGGCCAGGAGAAAAGGCGACCGCGCACACUCGGACCUGAUAGUAACUCCCUCGCUGCACGAUCUUCCGAGGGGUGUGCCCGGUGGUUGUUGCCGUCCGGGACGACUGGUGGACGUCGAGGGAGAUCCCCUAGGAGUGACGGGCCCUCUUCUACCGCGGGAUAACCAGGAGUAUAGGUCGCCGAGCGAGGACAGCGGUCUCGGGGCCGACAUGCCCAGGACCAGAGUGGGCUGCAGGAGGGCGCAGCAGCACCAAGUGACGACCUCCGACCUCGCCCUCUCCAAUGAUGACGAGUGCGACAAUCAGGAUUACGAUGACGAGAUCGAGAACGGACGGGGUCGCAGACACAGUUCCCCGGGCAGCUCCCGAGGUAACCCCAGGGAUUACGGCCAUCACCUGCACCCGGACAAUUUGGAGAGCGAUGGGGGUUGCGAUGGUAGCGACGCCGAGAUGAUCGGUAACGGGAGACGGGGCGCCGGCGACAGGAAUCGCGAUUUGGAGGAAGAUGACGAGCUCGAGAACAGAGAGGAGAGGGGCUCGGAGAGUGGAGGAGGUGGUGGAGGUUUCGGUGGUUGGAGGUCCCACUUGCUCGGUGGACUAACGCAACGCGUCAAAUCCUGGUACUGGGGCGCCAGGCCCCUCUUGUGCCCGUUCCAGGAGCUCGCGCACAAGCUCUCGCGGAGCUUCGACAUGCAGGAGGCACAGCUUCUGGAGGAGGGUAGUUCCGGCAGCGGGUCCGCCGUGGGUGGGUCCGCGGGCGGCCCGCCGCGGCGGCAUCACAGCGUGCAGCGGCUGACCCGUAGCGAGAUGUCGGAGCGACGGGAGGAGGACGGCGCCCUGGUGGUGCCCGAUCAUCAGGGCAACCUGCGGAUCACCGUGAAAAAGACCAAGUCGAUUCUGGGCAUCGCCAUCGAGGGCGGCGCCAACACCAAGCACCCACUGCCCCGAAUUAUUAAUAUACAUGACAACGGAGCAGCUUACGAAGCUGGCGGCCUCGAAGUCGGACAGCUCAUCCUCGAGGUCGACGGUCAAAAAGUUGAAGGGCUUCACCAUCAAGAGGUCGCGCGACUGAUCGCGGAAUCGUUCGCGCGCCGCGACCGUAACGAGAUCGAGUUCCUGGUGGUGGAGGCGAAGAAGAGCAACCUGGAGCCGAAGCCGACGGCGCUCAUUUUCCUGGAGGCGUAGCAGGAAUCUCCCACCUCCGAGCCGGAACCACCAUAGCCCAAUCUGACCAAAGCUCGGCCGGCGGCGAUCCAGCACGAACGUCGUCGCCGUUGAGUCCGAUCGAGACUAAAAACCACUGUCGGACAUCCGCCAAUUCUCGCGAGGAUCUGAGAUUUUGGAGAGCAGCCUCGUAGAGACUAACGAUGUCCCUCCUCGAGUUCUCUCGACUCGGACGGCCGAGCUGUCGGUCAGUCGCUAAUUGUCUAACCUGGCCCUGGUGGUGGGAACUUCACUUCGCCCGCUGACAAGACAACAUUUCGAAGACAGACACUCUUCGGAAGGGAUGAAGAGCGAGAACGCCGGAGAGAUUCCGCGGGCCGGCGUUGCUAGAAUUUCUUCGAUUUGAGAUGCUCGGCAGGGCCACCAGGUGACGCGAGAGCCGCGUUACCCACAAGGGACAAAAGGGAUCCUAGAAAGUUCCUGGACUCUCGUGCCGAAGUAGCCGGAGUCGCAACACGCCCCCUCCCUCCCCUCUCCCCGUCCCCGCAAACUUUCCACCCCUCGCGCGCGAGAUCCGCAAAUCGGCACGAGACUGCCGCAAGAAAAAGUUACUUUAUUGUAUAUA